AUGGCUGGUGAUGCCGGAGGAGGCCUGCGGGAAGCGCUCUCUUGCCCCGUUUGCUUGGGCCUGUUCCGGGACCCGGUGAUGGUCUCCGGCUGCGGGCACAACCUCUGCCGGGACUGCGUGGCCAAGUGCUGGGGGCGGCUGGAGGGGAGCCUGCGCUGCCCGCAGUGCCUGGAGCCGCUCCCGCUGCAGCGGCUGCUCCAGCCCAACGCGCUGCUGGGCAGCCUCGCGCAGCGCGUCCGCGGGGACGGAGACCCUGGCAAGGAGGAUCCGCGUCCAGCAUUGCGCCUGGGUAAACCACUGGAGCACGAGGCUGCCUUGAGGAAAGAGGAAGAAGCCAAGACUAACGAAGAGAAGCAAAGGGAAGAGCUGCUGAAGCAGAUGGAGGCAGAAGAACAAGAGGUUCUAUGGGAAUGGAAGGAGCUGCGCCAGUACUUGGCAGAGUGGGAAAGGCACUGGAUGAACCAUUUGGAGGCGCUCAAGAGAGAGAUUGUGCAGGCGUGCUACGGGCAAGUCUCCAGAGUGGCCAGCGAGGGUCCCCUGCUGCCGGAGCUGCUUGGGGAGCAAGGGAGAGAGCAUCCGUUGGACCAGUCCUUGCAGGGUGUUGGAAGCACUGGGGGCAGUGUGGAGGAUGGAGUAUUCCAGAUCGACCUCACUGUGGCAGAGCUCAAGCGGAGGCUCAGCAACUUCUCCCAGAAACGGGCUGUCCUACAGGAUGCAUUGCUGCAGCUGAAAGAGGAUCUCCGGCUGGAAAUGGAUGGAAAUGGCUACAGAAUAGCAUCCUCGUUUCAGUCCGCACUGAUCCACCCUCCUCAGGAAGACAGGAGGGAAACCGCUGCAGCACAGUUCAUUCAGAGAAACACUUCUGAAAAGCGCCGUGUAUCUGAUGAAGAAGUAAAAGGAGGCAUUUUGGACAGACCUUCUAAUCUACAGGAGCUGACGGCCUUCAAGAGAACCUCAGUGUAUUCCCAGGAGUCGCCGGUGGACUUCCCAGGGGUUACUGCCACCAUCCCCAGGAGGAUCAAGGAGGAGGAGGAGGAGGCUGGCAUCACUGCAGUAGACAUGACCCUGUUGGAUGAAAUUAAGCUAGAGAAUCCUCAGCAGAGCCAUCCUGAGAUGGUGGAACUGCCCGGCCCAAGACUGCAAAGGCCAGAAGGUGUGGCUUCCCAGAGCUGUGAGCAGAGAGGGGCGAGCCAGACCCCCUUCACGCUCAAGGGGCAACAGGGGUACCAUCUGGCAAAGAGCAGCAGUCAGUCCGCUUGGCCCAAGCGCGGCUGCGGAGAAGCAGCCGUCCGGAAGAGGAACGAGAAAUGCUACCCGUGCCCCGAGUGUGGGAAAACCUUCCGGCAGUUCGGGGUCCUCAUCACACACCACCGCCUGCACACCGGGGAGAAGCCCUACAGCUGCGCGUACUGUGCCAAGGGCUUCAGCGACUACUCCAACCUGAUCGCGCACCAGAGAACCCACACCGGGGAGAAGCCCUACCGCUGCGUCGACUGCGGGAAAAGCUUCACGCGGAGCACGACCCUCACCAUUCACCAGAGGGGCCACACUCGGGAGAAGCCCUAUCCCUGCCCGCAGUGUGGGAAGCGCUUCAGCCGGGCCUCAAACCUCACUAUCCACCAGAGGACUCACGCAAGGGAGAAGAAAUACACGCCCCGCUCCUGACUAAGGGGGAGCACAAGCGCCGAGCUCCGGCCUGAUGCAGGGCACCCAGCCAUGCGCACGACGCAGCCGGCAGGCAGGCAGGCAGGCUCCCUUCGGCAAAGCGUGCUGGCCACUGAGUGACCCACUGCAGGUGCUCCUUGGGAGGCUGAACCUGCCCUGAGUUUCCUGGCUAAGCAACCCUUGCUCUGCUCUGGCAGCCGGAUUGUGCAGAGAGCCAGCUUCUCAAGAUUAGGGAUCCAGACCUUUAAUGAUCAUACAGGUACACAAGCAGGAAUGCUGGGCAACCAUAGCUCAAAUCACGGUGCUGCCCGGUGGUUGGGGAUCUGGGUGCAAAA